AUGACUGUUGCAAAUAAUGUCAACCCGUACUUCAGCGCAAUAGGGAUCUCGUUUCUUGCGACUCGGGGGUGGCGGCCGCCGUGUGUAUCUUUGUCUCGCUCGGCAUUGCGAUUCAACGCUUCUCAGGCGCGCUGGAAUUGGUCGUCAAGUCGGUUGUCGCGUACGCCGCCACUUGCUGGCAUCACCGUUGUCAGCUUAGAACAGGCCAUCGCGGCGCCCUUUUGCACCCGUCAACUGGCCGACCUCGGUGCCCGAGUGAUUAAAGUCGAGCGACCGGGAUUGGGCGAUUUCGCGCGUCAAUACGACUCCCGCGUCCGUGGCCUCUCAUCCCAUUUUGUGUGGACCAAUCGCUCCAAGGAAAGUCUAGCGCUGGAUCUGAAGGAUGAAAAGGAUCGUACUGUGCUACAGAAGCUAUUGGAACGAGCCGAUGUGCUUGUGCAAAAUCUGGCACCGGGUGCCAGCGCCCGGCUUGGCCUGUCAUACGAGGCACUGAAAGAGAAGAACCCUUCAAUCAUUGUCUGCGACAUUUCGGGCUAUGGACAAGAUGGCCCAUAUCGGGACAGAAAAGCAUAUGAUCUUCUCAUCCAAAGCGAAGCAGGCUUGUUGUCCGUUACGGGAACAGGUACUGAGCCCGUAAAAGUGGCUAUUUCGAUUGCGGAUAUCGCCGCCGGAAUGUACGCUUUUACCAACAUUCUCUCUGCAAUCAUCCGGCGUGGUAAGGAUGGCCAAGGAUGUCGCAUCGAUAUCUCAAUGUUGGAAAGCAUGGUCGAGUGGAUGGGAUUUCCGAUGUACUAUGCUUUCGAUGGAGCUCCUGGACCCAAGCCAUCGGGCGCCUCCCACGCGUCAAUCUAUCCCUACGGGCCAUUCACGACAAACGACGGCCAAGUCAUGCUGGGCAUACAGAACGAGCGGGAGUGGGCAAAGUUUUGCGAUAUUGUGCUUGGUCAAGCAGACUUGGUGACCGAUUCUCGGUUUUCGAGCAAUGCAUUGCGAACCGAGAACCGAGACGCCUUAAGGGACAUUAUUUGUGAUGUCUUUUCGCGGCUAUCGACUUCGGAAGUUAUCACUCGCCUCGAAAAUGCCUCAGUCGCGAAUGCGAGUCUUAAUGAUAUGAACAAGGUAUGGAAUCAUUCACAGCUGGAAGCUCGCGACCGGUGGACCAGCAUCGAAACUCCCGCUGGUCUUGUGCCUGCGCUCCUGCCACCGGGUUCGACAAAACCGGGGGGACAGGAUGGCUAUGAACCUCAAAUGGGCUCAGUACCAAAAGUGGGACAACACAAUGAUGCUAUCCUGGUGGAGCUUGGUUUGAAGGAAUGA